AUGGCGGCGACGGUGGAAUGGUUCCUCGACGAAGACUACGCCGUCCAAGUCUCCAUCAAUGACUAUCUGGAUAUUUACUGCCCGCACUACGAUCAGACCUUGGCAUCCGGCAACCCCGAGACCUUUACUCUUCUCAUGGUCGACGGCGAGGGUUACCGGGGCUGCUACGAAACGCCAGGAGCCUUCAAACGUUGGGAGUGCAACCGCCCCUAUGCCCUCUAUGGACCCGUCCGCUUCUCGGAGAAGAUCCAGCGGUUCACCCCCUUCUCGCUGGGUUUCGAGUUCCAGCCCGGACGUGACUACUACUAUAUUUCUAUCCCCACUGCAGAAAGCCCAGGACGCUGCAUGAAGCUACGAGUCUCUGUCUGCUGCAAAGUGACCACUGUAGAACCAGUGACGGAAGGCCCCAAGUCUCAACCACGUGGGAGAGGUGGCCCAGAGGAUGCCGCUGUAGCGCCCGGACGCAGUUCAGCCCCCUCCUGGCCUGGCCGUCUCUGCCUCGGGCUUGCCCUCAUCCCCUUCCUGGGGCUCUGACCCCAGGGAGGGCCGGCUGGGCUCCUUCACUGAGAGUCCAGGCCGGGCUGGGGGGCGCGAUGGCCGCACACACCCUCCACCCCCGUCCCUCCCCCAGUUGUGAGGACGCUGGACUUCUCACUUGGCACUUUAGACGCCGGAAGAGGCCUUCCCCGAGCUGUUCCGGAACCACUCUGCAGAGCUGAGCUGAGCUCCUUGACCGCCCACAGAACUGGAGCUACCCCAGGACGGGGGGAGGAAACACCACGAUCAGGACUUCUGAGUGCAGGAGGGAGACUUCGGCUGGCAGGAUCCUCUCUCUUUCCGGAUUCCAGUGGAUGCUGGAGCGAAGAUACUCCCCCCCACACACACACCUGCCUUCCGUCGGUGAUGAUGUCAGGACGCGGAGCCAGUUCCCCCUAAAAAUUACACAUCGGAGUUGUGGGGGGGAGGGCGGUCCCCUCUGUGGUGCGGCAAGCGAUCGGAGGACUGUCCCCGGACUCGUUUGACCAAAGACGAGGACGAUACCUCCCCUGUUCGUCACCCCCGACGUUUCGGCUCUUACCGCUGUAAAACGGGGGGAUUUUCGUGUUGGUUACUCUUGCGUAACAUCCCUCUGGGGCUCGGCCUCUCCCGCCCCCCCAAAAAACUGUGGACAUUGCCAGCCCCUCGACCUCUUUCUGUUCUCGGCGAGAACGACCCCCCCCCCCAGCCCUGUCCCCGUUGAUGACGCCGAUGCUUUGUCUUCCGUGAAGAUGCCGUUUGGCGUCGCCGACUCAUCCUGGUUCUGACUUCUUUGUUGUGUCUUUUUUUUUUUUAAUUGUCAGUG